AUGUCAAAGGCAAUUGUGAAGACGACGUUCGAAGCGUCGCGGACGCUUCGCCCGAUAUACACCGGUGGCAGCACGUCCCUGGACUCCAGUGGCCGUAUUUUGCUCACUUGUGUCGGGGAGGAUGCCUUGAUUGUGAAUCUCGAGACAGGUGAUCAGCUUGCUAGCCUGGAAGGUGAUGGCGAAAUCAUUACAAGUCUGGCCAUCUCGCCCUCGGCUUCGCACGCUGUCGUAUGCUCUCGAUCUAUGUCCAUGCGCAUAUAUUCACUUUCACCUUAUGACGAAGAUUCCCAAACAAUUCAGGCGGAUCUUGUUCGAACUUUGAAGCCUCACACUGCUCCAGUGAUCUCCACUGCCAUUGAUCAAACCAGCACUCUUCUGGCCACUGGUGCAUCUGACGGAAGCAUCAAAGUCUGGGACAUACGUGGAGGAUAUGUGACACACAACUUUAAUGACCGGGGCAUUGUGUCUGCCCUCACCUUUUUCGAAACGGCUGUUGCAGAAGAGCCAAAGUCUGGUGUGCAGAAAGGUCCCAAGAAGAAAGCAUCGCGGGGUGAAGACGAAGAAAUGGGAGACCCAGUCACUGUUGCUCGAGGCUCUACGGCAGGUUUCCGACUCGCAAGUGGAUCUGAGGAGGGCAGGGUCCGUGUGUGGGAUUUGCACAAGAGAAAGGCAAUUGCGACCCUCGAGUCACAUGUGUCUCUUGUCCGCAGUUUGUCAUUUUCUUCCCAAGAAAAUGCCCUUCUUUCUGCUUCUCGUGAUAAGACUGUUAUUAUUUGGGAUGCGUCUACAUGGAAAAGCCGACGUAUCAUCCCAGUGCUGGAGAGCGUAGAAGCUGCUUCCUUCCUGGCCGAUAGCGGAUUGUUUGUGGUCGGAGGCGAGAAUGGCAAGGUACGAGUCUGGGAUUGCAAUCGCGGUAGUGAGGUUAUUGAGGAGCAGGAAGCUGGAGAAGAUUUCGAGAUGAUUAUUGCUAUUCAAUACUCACGUGGCCUGCCUUUCGUGAUGUCUGUCCAUGCAGAUCAGACACUCCGUCUCCAUUCCCUUGAUGCGCUAUCGGAUUACAAGCCAGGGUCGACGAUCGAGCCAUUGGAGGUCAUUCGUCGAAUUUCCGGUAACGACGACGAGUAUAUUGACCUUGCUUUUGCCGGACCCGAUCGCUCGUUGCUGGCGCUCGCUACGAAUACUGAAAGCAUUCGCUUGGUCUCCGUGGCUUCCUCCGAUCACAGACCGUCGUCACAGGACGAAGGAUUCUUCGGUGCCGACGUUCAGCAUUUGGAAGGUCACGACGAUAUCAUCAUCUGUCUUGACGUAGAUUGGUCUGGACACUGGCUGGCAACUGGCGCGAAGGAUAACACAGCCCGUCUUUGGCGCCUUGAUCCCGCAACUUCGUCCUUCCAGGCGUUUGCCGUUUUGACCGGACACGCUGAGUCCCUAGGUGCAAUUGCUCUGCCGCGGGCACCGCCUCCCUUUGGAACACCAGCUUACAACGAUCCCCUCAACCACCCGCCAGCCUUCUUAGUGACUGGUUCUCAGGAUCGGACUAUCAAACGUUGGGAUACCGGAAAAUUGGGUCAAAUGAAGAAUGGCAAGCCUCACUCGCCCAAGGCUGUAUACACCCGCAAAGCACACGAGAAAGACAUCAACGCUCUGGACGUUGACUCUACGUCUGCGCUCUUCGCUUCCGCCUCUCAGGACCGAACCGUCAAAAUCUGGGACGCGGAAGAGGGAGCUGCCGUGGGUAUUCUGCGUGGGCACAAGCGAGGUGUUUGGUCGGUCAGAUUCGCACCUAAGAAUACCCCGAUAGUGAACACCGAAGACGGAACUAGUACCAGCAGAGGUAUUGUUGCCACCGCUUCUGGUGACAAGACGGUGAAGCUUUGGAGUCUAGCCGACUACACUUGUCUCUUGACAUUCGAAGGCCAUACGAAUAGCGUUCUUAAGAUAAUCUGGCUUCCCCCUCCGCAGAUUUCGAAGAAUGAAGACGACGAAGACGAGGAGACCGCCAGCAAACAUGCUAUCUAUACGAGGCCCUUGCUGGCGUCAGCCGCUGCCGAUGGACUGGUCAAAAUCUGGAAUCCCUACAGCGGUGAAGCCGAGACAACUUUGGACAAUCAUACAGACCGAGUGUGGGCUUUAGCAAGCCCCAUACCGUCAGGGUCUAGAAGUGACGCCAAGACAAACUCGUCAAAAGUCAACAGCACGCCUUUUGCUCUGGUCAGUGGUUCUGCUGACUCGACUGUCACAUUUUGGACCGAUACAACUUCAGCGACAUAUUCAGCUGCUGUGAAUGCCGAGUCUGAGCGAAUUGAGCAAGACCAACAGCUGCAGAAUCACAUCCGCGCCGGUAAUUACCGCGAAGCGAUCACUCUUGCUCUACAACUUAACCACCCCGGCCGCCUCUUGUCCCUUUUCACGUCUGCAAUCAACGCGGCCGAGGACCCAACCCGAACCGAGGAGGAACGUGCUAUCGCGGCGAACAGCUUGACUGGCAAUCCGGCCAUCGAUGAGGUUCUGCAGACAUUGGGCACCUCCAACUUGCGGACACUUCUGUUGCGCCUCCGCGACUGGAAUACGAAUGCACGCACUUCCCGCGUGUCUCAGCGCAUUCUGUACGCCUUGUUCCGCUCAUACCCUGCUUCUACCUUUGUCGAACUGGCUACGACAUCGGUGCGAGGAAAGGGAGGCCGGGCUGGAGGUGGUCUCAAGGACAUCAUGCAGGCGUUGACUGCUUACACUGAGAGGCAUUACAAGCGUAUUGAAGAAUUGGCCGACGAUAGCUAUUUGGUUGAGUGGGUCCUCAACGAAAUGGAUGGUGGUGUUGGUCUCGGUGGUCUGGAUCGUUUGAACAUCGAAUCUGACAGCGCAAAUGUGGAUUUGGAUGGCAAUGAGAAGGAUGUUAUCAUGUUGGGGGCUUAA